UAACUUAUCUCUUGUUAAAGAAUUAAUAACUACCUAUCAGUUAGAUCCUCAUCAAGCUGACAGUAAUGGUAAGCUACCUAUUCAUUAUGCUGCUCAAUCUGGUGAUAUUUUACUACUGGAAUUAUACAUGAAGGAUUACAAGUGUAGUCUGAGCCUAACAGAUAAGGAUGGUAACAAUGUUAGUCAUUUUUCCUCCAUGCUUGGUCACAUUCGCUUUAUUAAACAUCUGGUAGAGAAUCAUCAGUUAGAUCUGUGUGCUGUGAAUGAUGAGGGAAUGGCUCCUAUUCACUUAGCAUGUAGUAAUGGAAGAUUGAACUUGAUCCAGUACAUUAUAGAACACAAACCAUCAUCACUUGAACUACCUCACAGUAAAUAUGGUCAUACUCCAUUCCUUAUUGCAGUGUACUUCAAUAAGUUAGAAGUUAUUAAAUAUCUUAUUAGUAAGAAGUGUAAUCUAUCAGCUACUGAUGAUGAAGGGUCUGGAGCAGUUCACAUAUCAGUAGAGAGGGGUCACUUGAAUGUAUUGAAGUAUCUCAUUGAUAAUAAUUAUUGUAAUCCUAAUGCAACCAAUCAUCAAGACCGUACACCACUUCAUUUAGCAGUACUAGCUGAUCAAUUUGAAACAAUCAAAUAUUUAAUGUGUGAGAGCAUUAGUUCUAUUAGUAUGGUUUGGUUACGUGAGAUCAAGUAUUCAUUAGAUGGACCACACAAUAUCAACAUACCAGAUGGUUUACCAGUUGAUGUUAAUACAAAAGAUAAAGAUGGCAUCACUUGCUUACACUUAAUAGCAGAAAAAGGAAAUAUUAAAAUGUAUGAAUAUCUGAAGUAUCACUACAAGUCAAUUCCAAGAGAUAAUUUUGGACGUUCUCCUCUUCACUACUCCUGCCUCUCCAACAAGUAUGAUAUGGCAAUGUAUCUUGUUAAAAGUUGUCACUAUGAUCCUGAUGAUACUGAUAACAAUGGCUAUAAUUCAGUUCAUGCAGCAUGUCAAGUUGGCAAUUUUGAACUGGCUCUAUAUUUCCUCACAGAGCAUGGUUGUAACCCAUGGGCUGAGACUAAUGAUGAACAAACUCUUCUUUACUUUGCAAUCAAGAGCUCUAAUUCUGAACUUAUUCAGCUUCUAAAGCAAGCUAUUGGAUUAAGACCUCGUUGGCAUGAAACUGAAGCAGACGAGCCCAUCAGUUCUGAAUUUAGGUCAAAUCCAGAAAACAUUUAUCAAAAUAUAACCUCAGACAAUCGCAAGAGGAAAGCUAAGAAUAGAAAUAAGUGCUUGCUAUCUUAAAUGGCACUUGAAGCAAAGCCAUCACCAAUUUCCAAACUUACAUCAUACCAUUGUACCAUUACACCAUCAUACUACUUUAUUGCCAUCAUAUCACCAUUGUACAACCUUAAAACUUCGCAUUAUCACCGUACUACCAUUGUACCACCAUAUUACCAUCAUAACUGUAACCACCUCACCAGUUAUCACCAUUACACCAUAAACCCACAUGUACACACCCCAAUGGUUACCAAUAUCACCAAUCCUUCUUCUUUAAUAUAUUCUCCAUUAACACGUAUCACUGGAGCUACUCUUUGCUUUACUUAUUCUUAUAAAAUUGUUUUAUUCA